AUGAAACUAAUAUUCACAACUCUAGGAUUUUUGGCUACUAUUUGUGGAAGCCUAGGAAUGUCUAAUUUGGAAACAGCCACUACGAUAUUGGAUGAAGUUAAAUAUUUGAAGAAUGAAAUAGCAAGUGUUCAACGAGAUGUGGAAUAUCUAAGUGUAAAAAAAUUGUUAGAAAAUCCGGAUAUUCAUAAAAUACAGGUUGCAUUAGAAAAAGCAUUGCAAUCACAAUCCAUCACGGCCGAUUGUACCACAAGCCUUGAUAAUAGUUUUAGGAUUCUUGUUGAAAAAGUCAACGAAGAACUUUUACCAGAAGUAUUAAAACAUGUGACUGAAGAUGCUAACUUUUUUCAUAACACUCAAAAGGAAUUAAAUGAGAUAGAAAAAGGUCUUGAGCAAAUCCAGAAAGAUGAUAAAGCUUCAAGCAGUAAUGAUGAUGAAGAAAACAGGAACCUGAUAUUAACAUAUCUUGAUAAAACAGAGAAACUUUUCCGAUUUGUUGAUCCCCAACAAUACAGAGUGCUUGAUAUGAUCAGUUCUUCACCUUAUUUUGAUUCAGAAGAUGUACUUAAACGAGUCAAAGAUGAUUUUGUUACACCAUCUGCUAAUUGUAUUAAAGUAGAAUAA